GAUGUCAAGGCUUUUAACAGAUCGAAAACACACAGAACAGGAAAGCUUCUUAUAAAUAAUCUCAAUCAAGUUUGCCGAAAAGUUCCAGAACAGUGCAGAGAAAAGCGCCAACUCCAGCUCCGGCAGAUUUCUUGAGAAUUUCAGGAGCUCCACACCGCUCUUAUUAACUGAGAAUGUGAAGAUAGAGCUUUAUCACUUUUCCGAUGGGAGACUUGUCGCAUUCUUCUGGUUCCAAUAGGAAUUCAGAAGUGACCAGUGCCACUGCUGGAAAAAAGUCCUACAAAGGAAAAUCAGUUGCUUUAGGCUUUCCAAGGAAUACGUGCAAACACAUAAGUUCGCUAACCAGCAGUAAAGGAAUUAGUGGUGUAGCAGGUCAAGCGACAAUAUUUUUACUGAAGGUUGCUGCAUUAGAAACAGUUAGAAGGGUUUCAAGGGCUAAGUGUCCACACAUAUGGCAUGGUUUUCAGGCCUUGCAGGUCCUAUGUUAUCCACCUCUUAAUUUUAUUAAAAAAUGGGCUCCCUUUAAGGGCUUGGUCAGAGGCCUGCAGAUGUUGUCAAGGCCAUUAUUAGUUCUCUCUGUUGCAACAGUGUUUUCUAAUCAAGCAGAGUCCAGUAAUGAAGCCUCAGAUGGUAUCAAUGCUUCUCCUGCCUAUUCAGAACAUCCCGAGCCAUCUACCACAGAAUCUACCUUGGAUACAAGGAGUGAUGAUGAAGCUUCCCAAAAUCGAGAAUCUGAAGAUUGGUUGAUACAACUACACAAGGAGCUUGAAAAUCAAGGGAUUAGUUUGCCAGAAAGAAUGAACAAAGAGGAACUCUGUAGAUUUCACACUUCUGCAAAUGGUGAUUUUUCAUAUUUUCUAUCAUCAAUUAAGAAGACAAUUCGUUGGAGGGAGACAUACAGAAUUCUUUCUCAGGAAGAGCUUGUGGCAUGGUCAAACAUGGUAUUCUGGCAUGGAUAUGAUGUGAAGCAACGACCUUGUCUCAUAGUACGACUUGGGCUAGCUUCUUUAAACUUGCCAGCCCAGGAAAGACCUCGCUUUGCUCAAGCAGUUGUAUCUCAGGUAGAGCAUGGAAUAUUGCAUUUAGUUGCUGCAGAAAAUCCUGAAGUUACGGUUGUAGUAGAUUGUAAUGGAUUAUCUCCUUUGAGAAUUCCCAUGCAAAUAUUGAGAUCUUGUUCUUCCAUUUUACAAGAGAACUACCCCAACCGUCUUGGUUCUUUGUUUGUCAUACAGCUUCCUCCAGUUGUUCGAGUCCUUACUCAGACUUUUAUUCAGGUCCUGAAGCCAAUUACGCGGAAGAAGUUCAAAAUUGAAGGAGAAAUGUACCACAAGGUUCUCUCAGAGUAUCUUCUGACGCUUCCAUCAUAUCUUGGUGGUGAUUGCACAUGCACAAAAUGUUCAGCUUCUGGUGGCCUUCAUAUGGGACACUAUCCACUUAGAAAUGGCAUUAACAGGACAGUGGCAAUUGAAGAUCUUAGUAACAGUGAGGAUAUGCCUUCACACGAUAUGACUAGUCCAGAUGAUAUUAACAGUAAUGGAAGCUGUGACCAGGUGCUGAGAACUGCCAUAAUAGCCAUACUCAUGGUUUGGGUUCUUCUUGCUCUCGUUGCUGGACUAUUUGAUCCUGAAAGCCGCCCCUUUUAGCCUCUAUAAGAUAAGCAACGUGUCAUUUGACACUGGAUCCCAGUGUUACACGGUAGAACUGCCUGGGACUGCUGACAAAAGGUUGCUUGCUUCAGGCCUAGAGCCAUUGGUUGGGGGAAGCCAUUCUCAACUUCUUGUUUGAUGUCAGCUCACAUGAAGUCAAUUCAAGGGGAGAGUGUCCAGUUGUCCCUGUGCGCCUCUUCAAUGAAAUAUGGAGCACCGAGCAUGACUCCCUGAGCUCUUGAGCUCCAUAUUCAACUAUGUAAGCAAAUUAGGACAUUGUAAUUAAGGACCAGGAAAACCAUAUAUGCUUCUUUGUUUUUUGUAAGAGAAACUAACUAAUUAAUUUUGUUAUAUAAAAUUUUGGUGAGAAAGUAGUGUACAAGUAGAAGAUUUGCUUUAACCAACUUGCAGCACUGAUGCAUUUGAUAAGAGGAUUUAGCUGAAGAAUCAGCGACAUGAAUGAGCUACGAGACAAUGCACUGAGUUAAUCGUAGGGUCUUGCUCCAUAAUUUUUGCUUGAUAUACAGACGCGGUUUGUUGCUUUGGGUGAAGUUUCGUUAUAUUUGAACAUGAGCAUAGAUUUUUCAACUUUUAUAUUUGAAAUUUUGGAACAUAACGCUUGGAAGAUAAUGGUGUUAUCCGAGUGGGUGACGUCAUCGCCUUACAUUUUCAGUCUUUUUCCUUUGUUGAUGAGAAGGAAUGAAAUGUUAUUUUUUCA